AUGGCGAGUCCCGUUGGGGCUGCUUACUUGGACUCGUUGUUCGGGUUGGAGGUGCCUGGACGUGGACAGAUGGGGGAGGAAGAGCUCGUGACGCUCGUGUCGGAGGUUAUCAGCGCCGGGACGGACACGAGCGCCACCGCGGUGGAGUGGGCGCUGUUUCAUUUGGUGGUGGAUCAAGAGAUUCAGGAGAGGUUGUACAAAGAGAUUGUGGACUGUGUGGGGAAGGACGAGGUGAUUACGGAGAGUCACGUUGAGAGGAUGCCUUACCUGAGCGCCGUGGUGAAGGAGACCUUCCGGCGUCACCCGUCGAGCCACUUCGUGCUGUCCCACGCUGCGACGGAGGAUACUAAGCUGGGAGGGUAUACGGUCCCGAAGAACGCGAGUGUGGAGUUUUACACGGCCUGGUUGACUGAGGAUUCGAAUAUGUGGGAGGAUCCGAAUGAGUUCCGACCCGAAAGGUUUUUGAGCGGGGAUGGGGUUGACGUGGACGUGACCGGAACGAAAGGUGUGAGGAUGAUGCCCUUCGGUAUAGGGAGGAGGAUUUGUCCAGCGUGGAGUUUAGGCAUGGUGCAUAUAAACUUGUUAUUGGCUAAGAUGGUGCAGGCUUUCCACUAG